AAAGGCACUGCUUGCUUUACGUGCUGCAACCAUCCCUUACUCUCUGUGAUCUACAUUUCUUUAGGAACAUUUGAAAAAUCAUUGAAAAUAAAAGGAAUGUUUUGAAUAUGCAUUUUCCUAGGAGCCUCUGCUAUCCCUGUGCUUGUAAGCUGUAGAUCAUCUUUUUAAUAAGCUUUUCUUAGGUACUCUAACUUCAGCAUGUCCUUAUGCAUCUUCAGCAUCUCUUGGCUCAAGCCUGUGUCAUAACCUAAUGAUAGUACUGUCACUGCCAGCUGGAGAACUAAUGUUGUGACCAUGCCCCCUCCAUUGUGGCAAUGAUAAAGUUUUAUCUAAUUAAUUUAUAGGUGUGUUUUUUAUACUUUGGAAAAAACUGCUGAAGAUCCUAAAGAAAGGGAAGCUCUUUUACCAACAAGUCAGAAGGAAAUAAAUUUCCACCUACUUGGGAUUAGAAGACGAACUCAUUCUUAGCAUCUUCUGAAACAAAAUUAGAAUGGAUUGGGAAGAUGAAUAUUCCCAUAAUUCUUUCGACCUACAUUGUUUGUUAAAUUCAUUUCCUGGAGACUUGGAGUUUAAGCAGAUCUUCAGUGACAUUGAGGAAAAGAUAGAACAAAAUGCUGCAAGCAUAGAACGCUGCAUUAAAGAAAUACAGUCUGAAGUUAACAAACAAUGUCCAGAUGUGCAGCUGCAGACAACAACUGAAUGUUUUGAAUGGUUAAAUAACUAUAAUUAUAAUUCAUCCAAAUUACCUUCUAUUUCCCAUGGAGACUUGAUAAAAUUUCUCAAAACACUGCAAGCUUUGUUGAAGAAUGAACAGAAUCAAGAAGAAAUUAUACUGGAUUUACUUUGGGACCUCUCCUGCCAGAGCAGCAUUUUGUUUCCAUCAACUCUAAGUGGAACAUCUUUCCACUUCCUCUCUACGGCUUCUCUUCAUUCUGUUGAAGAUCAUUCCUCUAUCGAUGUCAAGUCUAUAUGGGAUGAUAUAAGACUACAUCUUCGACGCUUCUUAGUGAGCAGAUUACAAAGCCAUAAUGAAGUAAACAAUUCGCAGCAAAAAAUUUUGUUGAAAACUCAGUGCAUACAACAACUCUUGUUUCUUUAUCCAGAAUCAGAAGUUAUAAUCAAGUAUCAAAACAUACAGAAUAAACUGUUGGCUAAACUUCUGCAGAGCUGCUUUCCUUCUUACAGCAGAGAAUCAAAUUUAGAUGUAAUGGUUCAUGGAUACCAAAGUACAAUGCUUAAGUUAUACUCAAUGAUAAAAGAGGAUUUUAACACACUGCAUGAAAUUUUAGCUCCAUCCUCAACAGUGAAAUUCAUUAAAGAAACUUACCUGGAUACUGUUACAGAAGAAAUGGCAAAAUUUCUUGCAUAUUUUUGUGAGCUGCAGUUCAGAGAAAGUGCUGCCCGUGUGAUUAAAACAAGCAAGAGCUCCAGCAGGCAUAGAGGAGCAGUGCAUGCUUUGGUUACUCCUGAAUACCCACAGAAAGGAAGAAGCUUUGUCCUUUCCUUAGAUGAACUCGCAUUCUUAUCACAGCUCAUAAAAUCCUUUUUGAAGCUGGAAAAGAAUGUUCAAGAAUUGUUUGAAGAAAUGUUCUUAUCACUCAAGAUACCCAGGAAUAAUAAAUCAGGGAUUUUGGGCACAUUCCAUAGAGAAGCUAUAAUAGAGAAACCUAGAGCAAAUGAAACCAAUAUUUCUUCAGAGCAAUUGCUACCAGGAAAAGAGGCUACUCAACUAGAUUUUGGCUGGAGAAGUGCAUUUAAAGAAGUGUCUCUUCCCAUGGCAUACUGUAUAACAACAGCGAUUGAAGACUUUUCCGUAAAGGUUCUCCACCAGGAGCACAGUGAAAGGUCUUCAGCUGCGACCGAUGCUAUGAACCUUGUAAAUGUCCAGCAGGUUUGGCGAGACAGCUGUGUGGCUCCUGAGGAGGACCAGCCAAAGAAAAUUGCAAAGUUUUGUUCUGACAUCAUGGAAAAACUUGACACAAUGCUUCCACUGGCUCUGGCAUGCAGAGAUGAUUCUUUUCAGGAAAUUAGAGCAAACUUUGUGGAGGCCUGUUGUAAAGUGGCAACAGCUGUCCUGGCGAGACUGCAAGAGAGAGGCAAGGAGUUUCCUUCCAAAGCUCCCCUGAAAAACUUGCACACUCUGCUCUCUACGGCGGUGUAUGUCUUCCAACACUUUACGCAAUAUGAUAAUUUGAUGAAAGAAAAGACUAACAAACCCAUAUUCCUGGUGCCUGUCCAGCGAUAUCAGGAAUUCAUCAACACUCUCCAGUCUCAGGUUACCGACUACUGCGUCAGAGUUUGUGCUACAAGCAUUUUACAGGAUGCUGAGAGCCACCACUGGGAUGACUACAAAGCUUUUUAUGAGGGGGAAAGAUGCUCCUUCUCACUCCAGAUGUGGCAUUAUUUCUUCUGGGCUCUUCAUCAUGAUCUCUGGACCAUUCUGCCCCCUAAGUUAGCCCAGAAGAUUCUAGCUGAAGUUCUGGAGAAAUCUUUGGGACUACUGGCCUCCAGAUAUGCUCAGGCCCAUCCCAGUUACAAGAGAGCUCCACAGAUAAGGCUUGAUAUCACAACUAUUUUAAUAUGCACUGAGAACAUGUUAUGGUCAGUUUGCACAUCUGUAGAGAAACUUUUGAAUCCUCAAGAGUAUAUAGAUGAUAAAAUUUUUAAAAUUCAUGCCCACUGUAAUAAUCUGUUGACAACAUUAGUCAUUUUGACUUCACCAUUAACUGAAUUAUAUCAGGUUUUUCAACAUGGCAUAGAUGAUUCUGCUUCAGAUUCCUUAAAACCAUUUUUCAAGCAACCAUUGCAUUGGCUUUCUUGCAUGUCACAUUUCUACCCUUCUUUACUCAGGACUCCAUCAGCUGGACGACUGACAACCGAGGGUCAAUUGAAACUGCUGUUAGCCCAGCCAGGUUGUAAUUGGAACCUGCUUCUGGGAACCCUGUUGCAUCAGGAUGGUUUUUUACUGAGAAUCUUGCUGAAGAGCUCAAAACGCACCUUUCAAGAUCAAGGUUCUGAUACAGAAAAUAAUAUGAACCAAGUGCCCAGCCUGGUCGAAGCCAUCUUUAAAGUACUAUACUAUUGCACUUUCUCAACACAAACAUUUGGGAAUGUUUUUGUGAGCUACAUGGAAGAAGAACAAUUAUGGGACUUUUUAUAUAACAUUCCAGUCUCGACAUGCGUGGAGUCCGAGCUAGAGGUCAUCCGAUGCUUGAGACUGGCACUGACCGACGCUGUCAAGGACACUGUACAGCAGAUAAUAUCUGUGAUGAGCUCUGGGAGAAACUGUGAGACAAACCUAAACAAGCAUGGUGUUCCUGAAUGUCUGCUCGAGAGUAUUCCAAAAGAAUGGAAUUAUAUUCCAAAAGAAACGAAAAGGAAAGAAUCAAGCAAAGGCUUCACAAGGCUUGCUGCUCAGGCAGUAUCUAUUGUAAUCAGCAAGUUACCUACGGUGAUUGCAUGUUUGCCUCCCCCAAUUAAAUACUUCUUUUUUCUGUCUGAGAGAAAAAUGUCAAAAAACUUUGUUGACUUGAAGAAAGCUAGCCUGCUUGUCUGGAACUUGAUUGUAAUUAUAUGUCGGAUAUUUGAGGAUGGGAACACUGUGGAACUUUUAACAGGUGCCUCCCUUGACAGAUGGAGUAAAGAGAAACUCGGUUUAAUCUGUGUGUGUUUGAAAAGCAUCGUCGGGGAGCAGAGUAGCCCUAAUCAAAUGACCCAGAAGGUCAUACAGAGCAUUGAGCAGCGAAAACCCAACUGGAUUCAAUGCCAAUUGCUGAGAGCAAGGAAAUUGAGCACCGAAUGUGCAUUUAUGACAAUGGAGAAAAGCACAGUCUUAGAAGAAGGAGAUAUUGCUCUUGAACUGACUGAGCAGAAAAUAAACAUGAUGGUCCUGGAUAUCUGCCACAAACCAGGUGGCAGCGAGUACCUGAGGCAAAUUUAUCACAUCAUGUGGCUCAAUGAGGAGUAUUUAAAAGAACAGCUGUUUUCUAUGAAUGGUUCAGAGGAAAAGCCAUUACCCAUCCGACCUUUAAAAACAACCUUGAGUGUGGAAGAUCAGCCUUCUGCCUUUAACCCUUUCCAUGUGCACCAGGCGUUUAGUGAAAACAUGCUAGAUCAGUCAGCCAUCACAAAAUGGAACUGGAAUUGGUCAAACUUGCUGCCAAAUUAUCUGGGACUGGAUAAGAUGACCUUCAGUGUACUGCUCAGAAACAGGUGGGAAAUGAGGAAGGACGAAAGACUAGAAGAGGAAGAAAAAGCAAUGCUGGAACAUUUAAAACGAAUUUGCAACUUCCAGGACUCUUCUGCCUCAGAUAACACAGAAGAAGAGUAAUCUGCAGAACACGGCAACAGCUUUAUUUUAGGAAAUAAUCACAUAUAAUGGAAUAGGAUUUUUACUACAGUCAGGAUGAACCUCAGAUGGGCUGUGAAGCAUGAAACCAAUGACUGAGUAAUCUCUGAACUGAAAAGGAAUGUAGCACAUAAAAAAUAAAGUGCUGCAUAUUUUUUAUUUUAAAAAUAAUUUCAAAUGUUUUUCUUUCCUCAGUCUUUCUCUUUAGAUGAUAAUAACUGCUGCCAUCUCGUGUUCCCUUUGAAUUAUUUUUCUUCUUUCAGUCUUGAAAUAUCUAUGACAACAGGCAAAAUGUUUGGAAAUCUUUUCCCUAAAGAUUUUUAAAUACAUUUGGAUGUUAAGUUGAAUGGAGUCACAUGGCCCCCUGAGUCAUCUGCAAAUUUCAAUCUAAUUUUGUAGCUGUAUCCCAAGUCCAGGUCUUACCAGCUUCCUUUCCCAUAGCCUCUUUCUCGUCCAAUUGAUCUUAAUCAGAGCCACAAAAAGCACUCUUCGGAAGUGUAGCUUUAUUCAUAUCUCUGCAUAUAGUGUUUUUUUAAACAUUAGUUCCAAUCAUACAUAGUACUUUCAGAUCCUAUACCCAGUGGCUCCAUGUUCAGGCAACUGCCAGUCACUCCCUUGGCUCAAGCCACAUGCUUACCAUUUUCCCAACCAGAAACCAUCUUUCUCACAAAAUUACGUUCAAAACUGACUCCAGCAAUCUCUACUCUACAGCUCAUUAUCUAUAACUUCUGUCAUUUCUCUUAUUUCCAUUACAUUAUACACACAAAGGAAAUGGAAUGUGUUCUAGCACCCUGUGUGCCAAGUUAUAUAGACUAUAACCUUCCUAUCAGUGCCUGAUGUUAGAUUCUAAAAACUUUAAAGGCCUUACAGUAUAACAGAAGUCUUCUUUUAUAACAAUCAUCUUCCCAAAUACCUACCACAAAGUCACUCAUCCAGUCAAGAGUUAAUAAACAUACUUGUUUGAAUGACUGCCACUGAAAGAAGACAAUGAAGACAUUUAGACUAUUGAUCAAUCUACAGGACAUCUGGGAGAAACUUUAUAUCAUGAGCUAUUUUAGACCAUAUGACACUGAAUGUCAUUGAAUUUAUUUCUGAUGUUCUCAGAUUAUCCAUGUUCCCAUGUUCUGUAAUUUUUACAAAACAUAUGUAGGCAUUUCUGUAUGACUCCCUUUUCAAAGUAUAGUAAGAGGAGAGUGGGGUGAGUUGGAAGGAGAGGAAAAUAGAAGAGAGAAGGGCUUGCAGUUGAAUUCUCUUCUGUACUUGCUCAGUGAAAUUACUGUAGCUAUAAGUACAAUAAAAUUUAUAACUGGAAAUGUUAAGUGACAAGUCACUGAUUUAUCAAUCAUUUUAACUCUAUACUUGAUAUGUUUCUUAAAGUAUAAGAAGUAAUAUUUCAAAAGGGUUUCCUUUCUCACAAUUAUUUUGCAUUUGUAUAUGUUAUCAACAGGAAUGAAUACUUCAUAACUCCCCAUAUGCUUACUAUAAAAAUAUUAUAUUCCUAUAAAAUAUUAUCUUACUCACUGUUAUGUUUAACUGCAUUUUUGUAAUUAUAAAGAGGUAUCUAUUUUAUUAUUGGUUUAGCAGUUAUUAUGUGGAAACAAUAUGAAUUUUUAAUAAAAUAUAGAUGGAAAUGUGUAUUUCAGAUAUUUUACAUUUUUAACAUCUCUGCCAAACACUGUUAUAGAACUACCAAACAAGAAAUGGGAAAAAUAAAUCAGCUUGUUUGUCUACCA